AUGCCUGGCAUAAGGAAAUAUCGACGGGAUACCAGCGAAGUCAGCUGUUGUUUAAAAUAUGUUAUUUUUGGUGUGAAUGUUUUGUUCUGGUUCCUCGGUCUGAUUGUGCUAGCGGUGGGAGUGUGGGCAUGGACAGAGAAGGACACUUUUAACAAUCUGUCCCGACUCACUAACAUUGCAUUGGAUCCAGCAUUUAUAUUAAUAUGUGUGGGCGCCAUUACGUUCAUAAUUGGGUUCACGGGCUGCGUCGGUGCUCUUCGUGAGAACACGUGCCUGCUUGCAUGCUAUGCCGUUUUCCUUGCACUGCUUCUACUGGCAGAGAUGACUACUGGCAUUCUAUUCUUCGUAUUUAAGGACUGGAUAAAACAACAAGCAACAACUGGUUUCCAGUCUUUCAUCACACACUAUAGAGAGGAUCCUGACCAACAAAACUUGAUCGAUUGGAUACAAGAAGACUGGUUACAAUGUUGCGGUGUGGAAGGUCCUCGGGAUUGGGACCGUAACGCGUACUUCAACUGUUCGAGCGGUGCCGUGGGCUCGCGCGAGGCUUGUGGAGUUCCCUUCAGUUGCUGCAGGAACAAGCCACAGGACAUCAUCAGGAAUAAACAGUGCGGAUAUGAUGUUAGGAAACCUACCUAUCAACUGAGUGAACGAGUGAUACACGAGCGCGGCUGCCUGGCGGCCGGCGAGGACUGGCUCCAGAGACACUUCGCACACGUCGCCGCCAUGCUGCUCGGACCAUUAGCUCUAAAGAUCCUGGGCAUCUGCUUCGCGCAGAACCUCCGAGCGGACAUAUUCGCGCAGAAGGCGAAGUGGCACUGA